AUGCUACCUUCGCCCUCCACAAGCAGCUCUGCACAAUACGAGCAGAUCUACCAACUAUCCGAAGCGGUCCUACAAAACUCUCAGAAGAGGUCCCUAUCUGCCCCAGACGGUUCUGCGGCAAUUCUAGAUUCCCGUUCCGACAUCGACGAACCUCCGCGUUGUCUGCAAGGACAAAAGAGAAAGAGAUCUUGGGCCGAUACCAAGGGGCAGCAACGCAGACACCGCAAAAAGAGGCGAAUAUCUGGGGUCACCGCAGACGCGUCCGGCGCAACUAGUCCGGUAUCCAGCGAACACUGCGAGAGACACGGCACGGAACUGUAUCUACCGAUAGCGUCACCAACAACAUCACCAGUAGCAUACUGGGCGCAUACCGCGCAGUGGCCUGCGAACUUCACAGCAAUGAGUCAGCAGGAGAGCGGCUCGUCCAGAAAACGGCCCCCAGGUUCAAGCUAUACGCAAAGCUACAAGGAUGGAGAAGUACCGAAGGCGCACUCUGCCGCAUCCGAGAAAGUUCUGGCUGGGCAUGGAGUGCACAUUGACGAGUUGCAGGGGCUAUCGCACGUACAGGAAGAGAGCAAGUCAUACUGCAAACGCCUGUUACAAAGCACCUAUCCGGAGCCACAACACACGGCAUUUCCACUGUCCAAAUUCUUAUCAGUGUGGCAGCGAGUGCAAAAUCGCAACGAGGCGAGGAUUUGUCGAGACCUCACACCGCUGCUGGUGCCGUCACCGGAGCUGCUGUCGAUCUGUGGCCAGCAAGAGCUGGAACAUGUCGUGGAAGACAUCGACACAGAGUGGGUGAGGUGUAAGACGCUCGGAGGUCCUAGACCGAAACCUGAUCUGGCGAUUGGAAUUGCCGUGUCCGCUUUCAGCGAAGAAGAGUUGGCGAAGUUGCAAAACCACACGGCAUUCGAGCGCGCCACACUGUUCACUGACAACCUUUAUUUCCCGUUUCUGCUUUGUGAGGCUAAAAGCGCCGAUGUAGGGAUCAGUGUGGCUGAUCGUCAAAACAUGCACAGCAGCAGCAUGGCGGUGAAUGCCAUCAUACAACUUUAUCGUGCUGCAGACGAAGCGCAAGUGCCGGAAUUGAGUGGGCGAAUUCUGGUGUUCUCGGUCUCGCAUGACAGCGAAAGGGUGAAACUGUACGGUCACUUUGCUAUCAUCGAUGGAGAAAAGAUAGCAUUCUAUCGAUAUCCUAUUGAGUCCUUCGUGCUGAACUUCGAAGCAAGUCAGGGCAGAAAGAGGACGCACGACUUCGUGCGAGAGAUCUACCACACGUUCUAUCCAGCGCAUCUGAAGAGGAUUCGUGACGCUCUGGCGGCCAUGAAGGAUCCGCGGAACGUGUCAAUGACUUCCAGCAUGAGCAUUGAGGAAGAUGAAUCUCAGGAGCAAGACCCGAGCGCUCGGUCCUCUCAGGGAACUGCAGGGUUUAAGAAACCCGGUAAUCCUGCCAGUAAGAAGCAAAAGGGCGAAAUAGCCUUUUUACGAGAGCAGAUGGCAGAACAACAGAGGCAGAGCAAGGAGCAGAUGGCGCUGUUGGAGAGACAGAUGACGGAACAACAGAGGCAGAGCAAGGAGCAGAUGGCGCUGUUGGAGAGACAGAUGGCUCGGCAGGAGGAACAAUACAAGGAACAAAUCAAAUUGCUGAAGCAUUUACUCGAUCAACGAUAA